AUGGACUUCAGAGCACUUCUCAAGCUCAAUGUAACCCACUACUCCGAACACCACGAAUACUACAUGGUCUGCUGCAAAUGCAGAUGUAGGGAAUGCGUUGAGCGCUAUCCCCUUGGAACCAAGAGGACGAUGGUCUGCUGCGAGUGCAGCACCCUCAAGGUCCUCGAUAAUGGAACAAAGCAACCGGUCUGCCGCUGUGGCCAUGGCAAAUGCGAGUGGUGCGAUCAAGAUGUCGAAAGGGAGGGUGUAAAGGCCAAGGAUAAGGCGGAGAAGAAGAAGAAGUAA